CCUUAUCAAUAACCCCUGGUCUAAGAACAGAUUAGGAGUUGCCGUCCAGAGAGUAUCUCAUGCCCCAAGAUCGACCUGUUAAUAUUUUUUUUAAUAGUUUUCUAUUUAGUGGAUCGAUGUUCGGUUCACCGCUUAAUCCAAACUAAAAGCCAUCGCCGACGCCGACCGGGAGAGAAACAGCAGCGGCGAAUCGGAGAAACAUGACGCUAAAGCUUUACGUCGAUCGCAUGUCACAGCCAUCGCGGGCGAUUUUGAUAUUUUGCAAGGUCAACGCACUCCCAUUUGAAGAGGUUAGAAUUGAUAUCUCUAAGCGCCAACAUAGAUCGCCUGCAUUCAAGGAAAUAAACCCCAUGAGGCAAGUUCCAGCAAUUGCUGAUGGAAGAUUUAAGCUUUUUGAGAGUCAUGCCAUAUUGAGCUACCUUGCUUGUGCAUUUCCAGGAAUUCCUGACCACUGGUAUCCUGCAGAUCUCACGACCAGAGCCAAAAUCCACUCCAUCUUGGAUUGGCAUCACUCCAAUCUACGCCGUGGUUCAAUGGGCUUUGUUCUUAACAGCACACUGGCACCUGCGCUUGGUCUUCCAUUAAAUCCACAAGCAGCAAAGGAAGCUGAGAAAGUUCUUAGUGAAUCGCUGUCAUGUAUAGAAUCUGUAUGGCUUAAAGGGAAUGCAAAAUUUCUGCUAGGGAACUUCAGGCCAUCCAUUGCAGAUCUGAGUCUUGUCUGUGAAAUUAUGCAAAUUGAGGUUGUGGAUGACAAAGACCGUGAGAGACUGUUGGGGCCCCACCCAAUCAUUUUGCAAUGGGUUGACAAUGUGAAAUCUGCUACCAAACCUCACUUUGAUGAAGUCCAUGAGAUAUUGUUCAAAGUCAAGGAAAGAUUACGCAACAGGGUGGCCUCCACAACAAAUGAUACUACUGAUUUGAAGAUGAAACCCAACCCAAAGCUUUAGCUCAAAUUGAAUCGAUCAUUUAGGUCAACCUUUGUUUUUCAUGAACUGCAAUGCUUGGUUCAAGAUGUUUCGACUUAGACCAAAUGUUUAAUUGCUGCAAUGCUUGGAUCCAUGUUUGCCUGCAUACGUUUUACACAAAGCUUUAUAGUAAUAGAAUAUCAUCAAAAUUGAAAGGAA